UUCCCUAAUGCAGCAUACGUCGUCGCUCAGAGAUGACGUCACUGGAAGAACAGAAUUGAAAACCCGUCUGGGAGAGCCAAGAUUUCAGAGCGUGACAAUACGAGAAGAUCUAAAUCAAAACGAAAACGAUUCGACACCAACGACAGCCAUGUCUGUGAAUUAUGCAGCUGGGCUCUCGCCGUAUGCAGACAAAGGUGUCUGCGGACUUCCCGAGGUGUUUGAUAGUCCAGAGGAGAUAAAGGCAAAGGUGGAGAUCCUCGCUCAGCUGAUAAAAGAAUCUCAGUACUUUGUUGUUCACAGCGGAGCUGGAAUCAGCACCUCAGCUGGUAUCCCAGACUUCAGGGGUCCAAAGGGUGUGUGGACGUUAGAAGAAAAGGGUCAGACACCCCACUUUGACACGACAUUUGAAGAUGCCCGUCCCAGCUUCACUCACUUGGCCCUCCUUGGACUUCAGAGGGCUGGGUACCUCAAGUAUCUCAUCAGCCAGAACGUGGACGGCCUGCAUGUCCGAUCAGGCUUCCCCAGGGAUAUGCUGUCAGAGCUCCACGGGAACAUGUUUGUGGAAGAAUGUGAGAAAUGUGGCAGGCAGUACGUGAGAGAAAAAGUGAUUGGUGUUAUGGGGCUGAAACCAACAGGGCGACAUUGUGAAGUGGUACGAUCCAGAGGGCUCAGAGCCUGCAGAGGGAAGUUGAUAAGCACUAUAUUGGAUUGGGAAGAUGCUCUUCCUGACAGAGACCUGAACAAAGCCGAUGAGGCCAGCAGACGAGCAGACCUGGCACUGACGCUUGGCACGUCCUUGCAGAUCAAACCCAGUGGAGAUCUCCCACUCCUCACCAAGCGCAAAGGAGGGAAAGUGGCCAUUGUCAACCUGCAGCCCACAAAACACGACAAGCACGCAUACCUGCGUAUGCAUGGUUAUGUUGACGAUGUCAUGAAACAGCUGAUGGAGUUGCUGGGAGUGGACAUCCCAAAGUGGGAGGGUCCGACUGUCUGCGAGAGCUCAGCACCCACUUCUGAGUCCACCACCGAUGCCAAACCACCUCAGACAGUCGCUACAAAGGAAAAGGUGAAAAAGGACCUGAUUAAGGAGGAGAGGAAAAGAGAAGCAACAGCACUAACAGAUGAUGGGAGUGUUAAGGAUGAGAAGGUUUUAGUAAAGAAGGAGAGAGCAGACUCCUCAGUGGAGAUAAGUGAAGUGAAAUAGCCUUACUUUUUUUUUUCUUCUUUGUUUUUUUUAUAUCACAACACAAACCUGUCCAGAAACAAAUUUAAUAACUGAGGGUUCUCAGCUUGAUCAGCUUCACAGAGGACAGCAAUUCUUCCCAUCUUCUGCCUUCAAAGACUCUUCUGGCACCACUUUCUUCAUUUCAGAUCACUUCCCGUGCAGCCACAGCAAACUGUGAUGUGAAAGUCACUUCUCAGCUGAAGGUUUACCUCACAAAGUACAGUUAUUGAAGUAAUUGUGUUAAAAGAUGGCACCACAUUACCUGGAUGUUUAACUUUUUCAUUUCUGGUCAAAUAACUUGAAGGGUCUUUAACAGAUGAGAAGACAAGAGGAGGGAAGAUCUGGAGCACAUGGUUAUAAAUAAGUCAUUUAAUAAAGUAUUUAAGGUCAUUGCAGCUUAUUAAAUGAUUUAUUUAUAACCAUGUGCUCCAGAUCUCAUCCCUACAGAUGUAACCUUUAAAGAGACCUUGGUCCAAAGCUUCUCGAGAAGUUGACGUCUCCAAGUCUGACUGACAAAUGGACUUGUACAGGUUGGGGAGACUUUUAGGUUAUUAAUAUUUUUGUAAUUGUCUUUUAAACAGUUCAAUCUGGACAUCAUUAUGUUACAUUGUAAAACAAUUAGAUUUUUUUUUUUUAUCCCUGACAUUUAACAAUUGCAAAACUGCUUGUCUCAUUGUCUUCUCUUCCUUUGGCAAGAUGCCUGUUUCUGUGCAUAAAUGGAACAUCUGUGGCUGAAUGACUGUAAAAGGACCAUUAUCACAAUUGUAGGAAAAUGUUUUUAUCUCAGGAAAAAAAAAGCAUUAUAUUCUGACAAGAAAAGUCACUUUACUGGGGUUUUUUUUUUCAUAUAAUGUUUUUGCAAUAAACACACAUUCUUAGUAGAA